AGCUUGUGCGCCAGUCUCGUCAUUUCUCUGACAUAUCCUUUCACACUGAUGUAAUAUAUUUAUACAGUUGGGUGAACUGUGCUUUAAUAAUGUCAUGAAGUGCCAGGAAGUGGCACAGAAUCCUCAGUGAUAACUGCGUGCUGCGGGUGUCUCGUGGUAUAAACCGAGUGAACCUUGAAUUUACCGCGAAACUUUUCAAUGAUUCUGCUCAGCCCGCUGUUUCUGUAGCCACUUGACUGCUGCGCUGUCUCGUCGGUCUAAAAUCAGAGCUGGCAGACUGAGCAAGGGGCAGAGAAACUGAUGAGGACCUACUAAUGGAAAUGGAUGAUAAAGGCCCACAGACCGCUUGCUGUGAUACAAGAUGGUCACAGCAACUGUCAGGCCUUCCUCAUAAGCUCCUGCAGCGCCUGAUGCCUUUCCAGAGGGAGGGAGUGGAGUUUGCUUUAUCGAAAAAUGGACGAUGUAUGAUUGCCGAUGAGAUGGGUCUUGGGAAGACGGUGCAGGCCAUCGCGGUGGCGUACGCCUUCAGGAAGGAGUGGCCGCUCCUGGUGGUGGUGCCCUCGUCCCUGAAAUAUCCCUGGAUCGAGGAGAUGGAGAGGUGGAUCCCCGAGCUGCAGCCUGGGGACAUCAGCUUGGUGGAGAACAAGAGCCACACCAUGGGUAUCAGCAGCAGCAAGGUGACGGUGCUCGGUUACGGCCUGCUCACCACAGACGCCCGCCCCCUUGUGGAAGCGCUGACCAGGCAGCGGUUUGCGGUGGUCGUGGUGGACGAGUCGCAUUACCUCAAAUCCAGGAACGCAGCACGAACAAAGAUUCUGGUGCCUCUCAUUCAGAGUGCCAAGCGGGCCAUCCUGCUCACUGGUACCCCGGCGCUGGGUCGACCUGAAGAGCUUUUCAUGCAGAUUGAUGCUCUCUAUCCCAAGAUGUUUGGAACCUGGAGCGACUAUGCCAAGAAAUACUGCAACGCUCAUUACAAGUACUUUGGGCAUCGCAGGCAGUGGGACUGUCGCGGGGCGUCUAACCUGGACGAGCUGCACCAGAGGCUGAGCCGGAUCAUGAUCCGUCGUCUCAAGGCAGAAGUGCUCACUCAGCUGCCUCCCAAAAUCCGCCAGCGUAUUCCCUUCGACCUGCCGAAGGAGGCUGCAAAGGAGGCCUCCGCCAGCUUUGCCGAGUGGGAGAAACUGAUGAAGGGGAUGGGGUCGGCGGUCGUCGCCACGGACAACCCCUUCACUCAGGUCAUGAGCCUGGUCACACAGAUGUACAAGCAAACAGCUAUUGCCAAGGCGGGAGCUGUGAAGGACUACAUUAAGAUGAUGCUGGAGGCAGAGCAGCUGAAGUUCUUGGUGUUCGCCCACCACCUCACCAUGCUGCAGGCCUGCACGGAGGCCGUCAUCGAGGCCAAGGCUGGUUAUAUCCGCAUCGACGGCAGUGUCCCAUCCUCAGAGAGGAUCCAUUUGGUCAACAAGUUCCAGAGUGACCCUGAGACACGAGUGGCCAUCCUCAGCAUCCAGGCAGCCGGUCAGGGUUUGACCUUAACCGCUGCCAGCCACGUGGUGUUUGCCGAGCUCUAUUGGAACCCCGGCCACAUCAAGCAGGCUGAGGAUCGAGCCCACCGCAUCGGGCAGACGACCUCGGUCAACGUGCACUACCUCAUCGCCAAGGGCACCUUUGACACCGUCAUGUGGUCCAUGCUCAACAGGAAGGAAACGGUGACGGGCUGCACCCUAAAUGGAAGAAAGGAAUAUCUGAAGGCCGACCAGGGCGACAAAGACAAGUGGGAGUUCCUCAACUUUGCCGACGCGUGGACGCCGGGUGAGAUGGUGCUGCCGCUGGAGGGAAACGCAGGAGGCAUCAAAGAUGACGUGUUCUUCUCUCAUUUUGAGAAAGAGAAGCAGCACGACAUACGCUCCUUCUUCUCCCCGGGCACCAGCAAGGAGAAGAAGAGGCGAAGAAUAGAAGAUGAGGAAACAUCUCCCUCGGUCUCCUCAGAGGUGAUCGCCACACCAUCUGGGAGUGUGAAUUCUGAAAAACGAGAGGAGAAGCCUUCACCCGACCUGGACUUCUCCCCGCAGCUGAAGAGGCUUCGGACGCCACAGCCCAGUCCGAGCCCACGGUCGCGAUUCAGAGGGAAGAGGAGGUCGACGGCUGGGGAGAUCAGCUCCGGCAGCCCAGGCACUCUGGUCUCCCUCAUGGCGCCGCGAAAGCUGUCGGAGCCCAACCCUUCCGCUGAGACGUGGAGCUGUGGGGCCUGCACCUACUCCAACAGCAGUCUGUUGCCGUACUGCGAGAUGUGCGAGUUUCCACGCCCUUCUCCUGCUCUUAGUUCAGAGCCACCCAGGCCUCGGCAACCCCCCUCAGCCGAGCGGGACCAGGCAUGCGUCGUCCUCUCCAGCUCCGACAGCGAGCCAGAGCUCAGCCGGGGAAAAGCCCAGCCUCCGAGAGCAGGCAAAGACAAACAGAGCGAGGAGGAGGAGGAGGAGGAGAUGGAGGAGGAGGAUGAGCCUCUGAAAGACAAACAGAAAGUGGGAGAAGCGGAGGAGGAGGAGGACAAGCAGCAGCUCAAAGGCAAACAAUCAGCGGGAGAGCGAGGCGACAACGUCGCUGGCGGUGGCGGCCGCCUCCCCCCUGACCACACACAGGACCAGAGAGCAGCGGCGUGUCUGUCUUCUGCCGCUGAUGCUAAUGACGAUGAUGAGGGCAAUGAUGGAGGCGCCGCCGGCACCGCCCAUCCUGUCUACCCAGGCCUGCAGUUCUGCGCCAGCCAGUACACAGACCGAAUAUAUCUUUACUCAAAGGAUGGUACUCCUCUGAACCUGAGUUUCGUCCCGCUGGACAUCAAGCUAACCAACUGGGACGACCUGCCCGAGGCCUUCAGUCGGCGUCGGGAAAAUCGAAUACAGGUACUGAGGUUCGUUCAGGAAUGGAGCAGCCUGGCAGCCAUGAAGCAGAAACUGCUCCGACGCAGCGGCCUCCUCUUCCACAGCCCCACUUUGGGCUUGCAGCAGCUGGCUGCCACCCAGCGCCCUCACUCGAGUACCAAGAGGUACCUCAGCAAAGACGAGGUGGCCCAGGCCUCCCUGAGCAAGGCCCAGCAGGAGGGAGGCAGUGUGCGACUGGUCACCAAGGAAAACUUCUUCUCAAAAAGGAAGUCUGCCGGUGCACCAACACCACCUUCUUCAGUGAGGCAGGAAAAGAACUCCUGUGAAAUAGUAGCGGAGCAGCCAGCACCAGAGUCCGGCUACCUGCAGGCAGUGGACAGUGGCGGCGUCCCUCUGUGUCUGUCCUGUCAUCAGGCCUGCCCAACCACCGGUGGGGCCUGGGACACUCGAUUCUGCAGCCACAGGUGUCAGGAGGAGUUCCAGCUGCGCUCCAGCCAGACGUACAUGCGCUCGCGGGUGCUGGAGGCGGAGCAAGGCAUCUGUCAACACUGCGGCCUCCACGCCCACGACCUGUUCCUGAAGGUCCGCGAUGCCCCGCCCUCCCAGCGAAAGGAGAUGCUGGAGAACACUUGGCUCGCCCAGCUGUCUCUCAAACAGCUGAACGAGAUGAUCCGCGCUCCAGUCGAAGGGGAUUUCUGGCAGGUCGACCACAUUCGGCCAGUCUACAGCGGAGGAGGACAGUGCUCUCUGGACAACCUUCAGACGCUCUGCACCGUCUGCCACAAGGCCAGGACGGCUCAGCAAGCCAAAGAACGGAGCCAGAUGAGGAAGAGCGCCGCAGCCUCCAAGGUUGCGUCAGACAUCAGCAGGUUCUUCAUCAGGAAAUGAAGCGGAGGUUUAGUAAGGGUUACACGGGUGUUUGAAUUUCCUGAAUCAAAUUGAAUCCUCGCUGAUGUGAUUUGUAACAGCGUGGAGGAAGACGCAUCAUGAUUCUUCACAGACAAAACUUACGUUAAAGGAGCACUAUGUAGUUUUGGGGUAGAAUUUUUUUUUUAUGCUUGAACAAACUAAAUAAACAAACUCUCUUUGUUUUCAUGACUGAAUAAACAAACUGACCUUAAAGGACAACACAAUUUUAUAUGGUUUUACUUUAUUUAUAUGUGGCGGACCCUGCCACCUUUCUUGCUUCAUACAGUGUUCUGGGGAUUAUUUUCCACUGAGAAUAGCUUGUUUAUUCAGAUAUGGAGAAAAGUCUGUAUUAUUCCCUCUUUAAUAUUGUAAAUAUUAUGAUUCUGAAUUUCUUCUCCAAAACGACAUAGUGCCCCUUUAAAGCAUCAGCAGUGCCUUUCAAAAGGUGGCUUGCCCCUCACAUCACUUAAAGAUCUACCUUUACCUAAUGAUUGAAUCAGUGGUGUCCCGUUGCUUGCAGCUGUAGAGAUUUACUUUAAAAAAACACAUAAGACUGCAUCAAAUGCUAAUUCAGCCAUCUCCCCUCUCGUCCCCGAACCGUCACAAGUGCGGUAGUUUUGAUUUAUGACGGCCCCGUUUUGCUCGAGGCGGAAAUGGAGCAGGUUGUUUAGAGAGAUGCUGCUAUUUUAAGAUUGUGCAAACUUGGUGAAAAGUAGCAGGUGAGAGACGAACCGGGGGCCUUUGCAAUCAAAAACUCCAGGGCAGAACGCGCAAGUGUCCUCGUUGGCGGCUCCUCAACAAGUGGCGCCAUGUAAAUCUUCCAUUUUGGAAGAUGUAUUAAACGAUCUCCAGUGAAAUAAAAACCUAUUUUCAUUUUGUU